CGGGAAAAUGAGCUCCGGAACUAUCUCAGCCAGCAGAGCGUCGCUCGCAAGUUUCCGUCGGCGCCGAACAGUGGCAAAUCGUCUUCGCAUGAUUCCUAUCCGUCUUGCUCCAGUUCGUCGAAAGCCUGUACUUCAUCGUGGGAACAAGGCACAGGCGGAAGUGGUGGUGGUGCUGCCGCCGCUUCUUCGUUGUAUCGCUCCAAUUACGUGGACAAGCUGAAAAGCUGCGGACAAACACUUUACCGACCAACGGACGACUACUUUUGGGGUCGUUGUGAACUCGGCGCGAGCGCCAGCAUAGCGACCACCCAGGGCAUACCAGGAGAUGAAGUUUCUAAGAUGAAGGUUCCCGGAAUUGGAACGAUGAAUGUCGAAGACGAAACUGAAGGGUCUUCACCGACAGCGACUCGUGAAGAACAAGCACAAAGAUUCGUUCCCCCAGCAGCGAGUAGUCAAAAUGCAACUUCUUCUACCUUCUGUACAGCACUAGCCGCGUUGUCGGACAAGAAUCCGCGAAGGUCUGUCGUUCAGCCGCACGACCACAACAAGCUCGAAGUGAUUGAGCUCUAUCCCGGCGACGUCUUUUACUUUCCGAGUGGAAUGUGGCACCGUGUGGAGACAGUGUCUGAUGAGCUAAGCAUCAGCAUCAACUUUAGUUUGCAAGGGGAGCGCUGGUGUGACCUUAUCGCGAACGCGCUUCGGCAAGUGAUGGCCAGAAGCGCUCUUUUGCGGUCCAAAGUUGUGGGCUGCUUCACCCAACAGGAUUUCCGCCGACGUGCGGCAGCAAAUCUCGGCGUUGCAAUGGACGUUUUGUACUCUCUUUUAUUUAACUGCUACGAAUUGUUUUGUUCGUUUAAUACUAAGAGUUGCUCGAGCUAAUACCUUUUGCUUUUUCCUUGUGAACUGAUCAAUGAAGGAGCCAUGCAUGGCAGCUGGCUGUGAUAUAAGUCCCUAGUAGAUGACCUAGUACAAGUUCUUCUACUAUAUAAUGUUGAACUCUAAUAUCUCAAUCUCUACUGAUCAAGAACAUCUCCAAUUUCAAAAAUUCCUUUUAGGCGCGACUACGUUCCCCAUGAUAGCUGGUCCAACAGUCGGUUGAACGACGAUGGCGUGGAUGACGUUUAUGAGGCAUUUCAACGUCGCCUGCUGCCUUCCAACGUGAUGAUGGCCGCUCGCUAUCGCAAGAUUGACGUUGUGACUUAUUUAAAAUCCCUGGUCGCAAGAGUUUCCGCGUAUUAUGGGCAUCUGGACGAGAUGCCCACCAAAAAGCAUUACUUCUUGAAUCGAGGCUCCAAACGGAUAGAGCUGAAAGACCUGAAGGCUGGUAACUUGGGCGGUGAAUUUGAUGAUGUGAAGCUGAUCUCCUGGUUUGCUUUCUCGCGUGUCCAGUCUCUGGUACCCGGAGAGGAUGAUCCGACGGGAUCUGUAUCGUCCAACUUGAUUUCGGCAAAAUCUGGCACUAGUACUGCUCGUUCCCCGCCUUUGUUAGACGAAGAGGAAUUGCGUGACAUCUUCCAGGCACGCGAGAAGGCCCGAUUGGCCGCUGAGCUUGCCGAGGAGCAACAGGAGAAUGCUGCCACAGCAGGACCACCGGCCUCAGGAGGCUCGUCGAAUGCAGGAUCAUCAUCCACUAUAGCACAUGCCUCUCGCAGUCGCAGGAGAGGUGCGGCCGCCGCAACACAGGGCUCAGCCAGAUCGCGAGCCGCGUCGCUUACACAGCGUGGCAGAAAAAAGAAAGCAACAAGUACUUCCACCAUGAGAACAGGCAGAAAGUCUAAGACACAGUCGGCUGGAAGCAAAUCGAAGGUCUCAACCAAAGAUCCUGUUUUAGCAGAGCUCAAUGACUUAGUCGGCGAUGACUUCGAAAACGAGCGUGGACCCGAAGAAGAAGAGGAAGACCAAGACGAAGACUUGCUAGAAGAAGACGACGAGGACAUUCUUGGAGAGAAUAAAGGCAAGAAAACGAAGAAAAAUGAGCGUCUCGUCGCGGAUGAAGAUACAAAGAGUACGUCCACGAAGGGCAAUAGGACUUCUACUACGCCGAAGCCGUCGGUUUUCGUGUUACAUUCAAACUUCCAUGGUGACGGACCUAGUUUGGCGCGAACUGAAUUUCAACUGGUUUUUGAUGCUGCUUGGAAAGAUCCCUUAGACGAUAACGACCAAGUUCCAAUGACCCGAUACGAAUUUGCUUUUCUGCAGUUCAUCUUCUCGUAUUUGUCCGAGAGACAGACUAUGCCACACGCGGAAGAGCCGUAUUUCUGUCCGAGCGAAGCGGUGAGCGCCUUUCUAGCGUACAAGAUGCCGAAGCUGAUCGAAGAACAGUACGCUGACGAAAUUGACGCUGUCCCUCUGCAAUAUCGUACGCUUCGACUACACCGCAUGGUGCUGUUGAUCACGAAUUUACUUUUGCGGGAAGGCUUCCUCAUUCUGUACAGUGAGACGGGUGCUGGCGUGCGGUGGAAAAAAGGCGCUGCCGCCGGGUCGUGGGAUAGCAAGAACUCAGCAAGGCGGACCGCGGACGGUAGCAAUUCUUGGCACUCUCGGAACUGGGGAGGAGGACGUGAUCCAUGGGACGGGUCGGGACAUGCUGCCGAUGGACAUGGAGGAUUUUAUGAUUGGCGGAACGGAAACUAUCCCGACAACCAUUCAUAUUAUGAGAGUAGGAAAUGCAUCUUCAAAGCCAUCUGGGCAAAGAAAAUAAGAAGGAAAAGGUCUCAGGUGAUCUAUUAGAUGCAUUCCCUAUCCCUCUAAGCAUAUUCGAGGCGCGGUGGACGCGAGAGGCGGCGUAGACAACCGAAUUCGUUUGGGGACUUCACAUCCUCCUGCAGCUCUGAUAGCAGUGAUGACUCUGCCUCUAGCAGCUCGUUUACGUAAAGGGUUCUUGUGACGUGAGGUUUGAGUUUUGUAAAACCGCACCCACAUGAUUUAUCUAGUAAGUAAAGUUAAUGAACAAGAGUGGUGGAACAAGAUGGGCGCGGGAAACGAAGAUGUCGUGAAAGGAAUUGAGGUUGCGCAUAGCGAUUGAUUUCAUAACGUAUACCACAGUUUAUGCCAAGGCCCUGCCAGGUCCAAGAAUGGAUGAGGCGCGAAAAUGAUGUUCAUG